AGCGCCUUGGAGAGUCAAGAAUAAAAUUGCAGGUCAAACAAUGGAUGACUGGAAAAGUCGGCUUGUAAUCAAGAGCAUGCUUCCCCAUUUCGCCAUGGUGGGAAACCGGCAGGAGCCCAGAAAGCUCCAGGAAUCGCCGCAGGGUACUGUUAAGAGGAGACAGGAAGGAGACAGCUUCCAGUUUGCAGGCAUGGCCGACGGGGGCUACCCCAAUAAAAUCAAGAGGCCUUGCCUUGAAGAUGUCACCCUGGCGAUGGGCCAAGGAGCCCGGGUCACCACAGCCUGUGCAGAGCUGCAGGUGGCUCAGCUAGCGAUGAGCCCUAGCCCUGCGGCCAUGGGAGUAGCUGGCCACGCGUUACUCCUGGACAGCAACCCCAUGAACGGCAGCGUGACGGGCUUGCCGUUUGCGGACGCACCGCCUGCAGAGAUGGGUCUGAAAGCGCCCCCCGUCCCGUAUUACGACAAGAGCAGCAGCAGCAGCCUGCCUGCUGUAGACCAGGAGCUUCAGGAGCUGCUGGACGAGCUGACCAAAAUCCAGGAACCUUCUCCGAGUGACCUAGAUCUGGAGAAGAUACUGGGGACCAAGCCAGAAGAACCCCUGGUCUUAGAUCACCCCCAGGCCACGCUGGGCGCAACAGCCAAGACUUCCGUCCAGAUGCCGCACUUGGAGAGCCUCAGUUCCCGCAAGGAGUUCGCGUCGAGCUGCAGCCAGGCGACUGGCAUGUCGCUGCCCAUCCCGCCCUCCAACGCGGGGCUCAGCUACGCCGUGUCCUCUGCCGGUAAGCAGAUGGCACCCCCCGGCAAUGCAGCAGCACAGCCCGAGAACCCGGCGCCGCCCAUGCUUCCUGUGGCCGUGCCCCCUCUCCCCAUGCCUCAGUGGCACCACGCGCACCAGCUGAAGGUGCUGGCGGCCAGCAAGCAGGGCUCAGCCACCAAGCUGCCAGGGCCCGCCGCUGGCUGGUCCGGUCUGCCUCCGCCCGGCCUCUCGCCCCCUUACCGCCCAGUGCCCUCACCACACCCACCGCCGCCACCCUUCAGCCCCCAGAGCCUCAUGGUGUCCUGCCUGUCGUCCAGCAAUCUACCGGGGGCUGCUGUCCAGGGCUCGCCCAAUGCCUUACUCUCCAGCAUGGCGCCUGGGGGCAGUGCCACCCUGGGGCCUGCCCUGCCCUAUGCCCCCGAGAAGCUGCCCAGCCCGGCACUCCAGCCGCCGCCGCCCUUCAGCUCCCAGAACUCCAUCCUGGCCAACCUGGUGUCCUCCACCGUCAAAAGCCCACCGGGCCACCUGCUGUCCACUCUGCCCGCCAGCACCCAGGGGCCAUCCCCGCCCUACCGCCCUGAGAAGCUGGCCAGCCCCAGCUUGCCGCAGCAGUCCUUCACGCCGCAGUGCCCGCUCAUCCGCUCGCUCGCGCCCGCUGGCACCCAGCUGGGCCCGCAGCCGCCGCCGCCGCAGUCCACAAACGCCAUCUUCAAGCCCAUGAGCGCCGGCUCCUCCAAAACGCUGAGCAUGAUCAUGCAGCAGGGGCUGGCCAGCCCCAGCCCCGGGGCCCCCGAGCCCUUCUCUUUCGGCAGCACCAAGCCCUUGUCACACUUUGCGUCUGAGCCAGGCCCCCAGAAAAUGCCAGCGCUGCCGACCGCCUCUCGCCAGCAAUCGCUGCUCCAUUACCUGCAGCAGCCCGCACCGGCCUCAGCCUCGGUGCCCACCGCCUCGCCCCCUGCCACAGCCACCCUGAAGCUGCAGCCGCAGCCUGACCACGCCCCGUACCUCCUGCAGCAGAUGAUGCAGCCGCCGCCACGUGGCCAGCGUGCCCUGGCCUCAGAGUCCGCGCCCUCUCUGCCCAGACAGCAAGAGAAGCAGAGAUCAGGUCCUACGGCAAUGACCCCUGAGCAGCGGAGUCCAUGUGUCGCCCAACAGAUGAGUCAGUUUCAAGCCGUCCAAGAACAAGUCACCUCCAAGUGCAGCCGGACCAAGGCCAGCCCCCUGUCCAGCCAGCACACGAUGCCACCCAGACCUGGGCUCCUUCACCACAACCCGAGUCCGGGGGCGCUCCCACCUACCAGGCAACGGAGCCAGGAGGGCAUGGGCACGCCCUCAGCAGCCCUGGGAACCCUCCAUUCCGGCCUUGGCGCCCCCAUCCCCUCACCCUCCGGCCCAAACCCCGUGGGCAGAGUGGGCUCUGCCUGCCAGCACACCCAGCUUCCUGAGGCUGCCUCCCUGGGAGUGCCCCUGUCGGGGUUCUGUUCUAGCCCCCUGGGCAGCCGGCCCCCAAGUCCCCACCAGCUUAGACAGCCCUGGGUGCCAAGAAUGCCCAUUGUGUUCAACAGUGCCACAUGGGAGGCGUCAGCAGCAGGCACCACAGCGGUCUUGAGGAAAGCACCCCCAAGCAGAGCAGAUAAUAGCAUCCAGCAGCGUCCCCAUAGCCACUCCAACUUCGCCAGGGCGCCCGUCAGGGCGCCCCUGGUCGCCCCAGUGUUUCCAUCACAGCGGGCAGCUGUGCCCCCUAAUCAGGUGGCACCAGGAGGCAGGCCUGGCCAGAAGGUGGGUGCUGCUCUGGCCAACCCCAGUUUCAGCCUGCUGGGCAGCCAGAACCUCAGCCAGAGCCCAAUUCGGGGCCCCGUGCCUGUGCUGAGCUCUGCCAAGUCCCUCCAGCAGGGCGUGGCCCACUUAUGCCCCCUGAGUCCCAUCCAGGGCAUCGAGCCACCAAGCUAUGUGGCAGCUGCGGCAGCUGCCGCCGCCGCCGCCGCCGCCGCCUCUGCCAUCGCUGCCAGCCCGUCCCCAGGUCCACUCGCGAGAUCAGGUCCCCCCUCUGAGCCUCCACCCUACGACUUUUGGACCCAGCCCCCACUCAGCGAUCCCGUUCCACCACCUGACUGCAACGCGGUGGGCGCCAUCGAAGCCCUCCUGAAAGGCCCCAGCGCUAGCCCCGAUGCAGCCUGGGAGUGUGGCCUGAGGCUGAUUGAUGACAUCCUGGGCCAGCAGGCUGCUGUCCCAAGGCCGCCCCCCAGAGCGCUGGGCAGCUGCCGAGGCCAGCACACGUAGAACCCCCACCUGGACAGCACCGUGGGGCAUGGCCUGAACCGUGGCAGGCCCAGCUGCCCCCCACUGCCUCGUGCUUGCUCCCUCAUGGCCCUGCGAGGGCGUCAGCACACACUCGUCCGUCUCCACCUGCGACAACAUGGAAAGCUGGUGAUUCUCAAGCUACCUGUACAUAUUUGAAAAUUUUGUAAAUGGUUUUCCUAGACAUUAAUGACAGAAGUAUUUAUACUUCAUUUUGUGACUUUGUAAAUAAAGCGACGGCUUUCGUAGAGGUGUGUUUAUUAUGUAUUGUUUUGUGUUUAUUAUACAUGAUUGCAAAUAUGCAGACUGUCCGUGGCUCCAGGUGGUGGAGUGGCUUAUGGUUGUGACCACAACGUGGCUGUGAGGUGUGUCGUUCAGGCCGACCCGUGCCAAAUAGAAAACCUCUGGCCAUCUCUUCACAUUUUCACUGAACCUUCUUCCGCCUGUGUGCGUGGUGACCUCUUCUGCAAACCCUGCGGUCACCACUAGCUCUUUCCUGCCGUUUUCCCUGGUGUCCCACCAAGGCUGAGGGUUCUGGAGACUGGGGCAAAGCAAAAGGCAAACGUGUGGGCUGACCCACACCAUUGAGAGUCUUUUCUCUUUCAGACGUAGAGGAGAACAGUUUGGUCCCCGGUGGCAGCCUCGCCUGGUGGGAGAUGUGCAAAGCCUUUCAGUAUUUGUUUCAAUGUAAGGCCCUGUGAUUUGGGGGAGUCUGUAAACAUUAACAGUUGGUUUGGGGUUUGUCCUUGGCGGUUUCCAGCCGCAAUUAUCGUCAUGUAUACUUCAGUUUCUGUCCUGUAAACUUUGCUCAGUGUCCAGACUGUAUCACGUUGAAUCGCCACCUCGUAUUUCACCCUUAUGUUGGAGAUCUGGCGUCUGUUUCUGGCCAGUGCGUUUCACCUUUGUUCUGUAAUAAACAGGA